AUGACGUCACGCGCCCCGCCGCCCAAUUGGAAUCGUCCCCGACUCAGACGCCCUCGCGCCUGGCGCCGCUGCUCGCGUUCGCUCCUGAAAAGGAGAGGGGACCACUCCGAAGGUGACACAGCAGGGGAUUAUAAUUGCAGGACAAUUCUGUAUUUUCCGUUGCUAAUUAGCCCUUGGUCGGUUAAUCUAUAUGCAAAUCCGACACCCGUCUCCAGCUCUUCCCCUCAGCGCAUUAAGGUUUUCGAGGCUAGAAAAAGACGACAUCCAAAUUCAGCCAGGAAGAUUUGCUUGGAAAGCAACAUUCAACUGAUCAAAAGCUUCUGCUUUCAGGUGCAGGCUACAGCCUCCCUUGCUAGUCAGUUCUGGUGUUUUCUCACCUUCAUAAACCAGUUCUUCCUUGCGCCCAAUCUUGUUCGAGAGGUCAAAAAGAGGCUUGCAGACACUUUGCAUGACACGGAAGUUCUUUCAAGGGGGGGAAAAUCCCAACUUGUCAAGAAUGUUUUAAAAAGGGUGAGAGACCAGGAGGUCUGGGCAAAUUCCUCGGGAAGAAAGUCGGCUGCUCGUGACACAGGAUCUGAGACUGGGGCUGUUGAGGUGGGUACAAGAUCAUCAGUUUGGACACUGACCCAAAUGGAGCUCACCGUUGAAGAGGGAUGGACCACAGCUAUUUCAUUCCCAUUAUACAGGAUACCUGAAACGGAAAGGAGCCCCGACACCAUGCUGACUCCUAGCGGGUCCAACUGCACCAUCGAGGACAGUAUUCUCGAAGCGAUCCUCCCGGUGGUGUACUCGCUUAUCUUCGUCCUCAGCCUGCUGAGCAACGCCCUGGCCCUCUGGACCUUCUGCCGCACCGUCUCUCGGAAGAACUCCAUGACGGUGUACAUGAAGAACCUGGCCGUGGCCGACCUCCUGCUGUCCCUCUGCCUGCCCUUCCGGGUGGCCUACCAGAACCGGGAGGGCCCCCGGCCCCUCUGCCUCCUGGUCGGGAUCUUCUUCUACCUCAACAUGUACGUCAGCAUCGCCUUCCUCGCCCUCAUCAGCCUGGAUCGGUUCCUGAAGAUCACCCGGCCCUACCAGCAGUUCAGGAUCCACACGGUGCGGUGGAGCGCCUCGGCCGCCUGCUCCGUCUGGGCCGCCACGAUCCUCUUCACGAUCCCCUUCUUUUUCGAAGGGGUCACCGACGACUGCGGCGCCAAGUGUUUCCACUUCAGGAGUAAAAGCCGGGUGGGGGCCACCCUGAACAUGGCGGUGGUGGCCAUCUUCUACGUCCUCCUGCUCUUCUUCCUCUUCUUCUCCGGCAGGAUCUCCGACAAGCUCCGUCAGGUCUCCCAGGGCGAGGUGCAGCCCCAGAGCGGGCGGACCAACGGGCCGGCCAUCACCAAGACCCUGGUGGUGCUGAUCAUCUUCAUCCUGUGUUUCACCCCUUACCACGUAGUCCGGGUGCCCUACAUCCUGGCCCAGGUGAAUGUCAUCUCCAGCCAACCGUGGAAACAGACGCUGCACCUGGCCAACGAGCUCGUGCUCUGCAUCUCGGCCCUCAACAGCUGCCUCGACCCGGUGAUCUACUUCUUUCUGUGCGCCAGUUUCCGCCGAGCGGUGGGCAACGCCUUCCAGGGCAAGAUGAAGAAGGCCUUCCUGAGGCACCAGAUGUCUUUCAGUAACAACAGCAGAUCCUUCAUGGACUUCUAGACCGCCGUCUCCGCCUUCGGCUGGGUUCCCGGGCCCCUGUACAAAGAGCGUCCCGACUGAGA